CUCACUGGGAUCUGAAUCAGAGACAAUCUGAAUAUGGAAGUUCUGUGGCAAAGCUAAAUACAAAAUAAUAAAUAAAUAAAAAAGUGGUUCUUGGUUGUUUUGUUAACUAAUCUUCCUGUAGAAAAAGGAAUAAACAAUAAAAAUUACUACAAUAAUUUAUUUUAUAUUCCAAUUCAAUUUGACAAAUAAAAAUGAUGAGAAAUAGUAUUAAAAUUCUCCCUGGAGCUUUGGUUUGUGAAGAAUGCAAACUACGUGGAGACAUAACUAUUGGAUCAGGAACUAUUAUACACCCUGGAGCAACUAUCAUAGCCGAAGCGGGCCCUAUAAUAAUUGGAGACAAUUGUCUAAUAGAAGAGCAAGUGAAAAUUAUGCAUAAAUUGCCAUUUGAUCAUAAAGAGAAAGAAAAGACAACCCCAGUUCUUAUAAUAGGCUCUUAUAAUGUUUUUGAGGUCGACUGUACUGUAGAGUCACCAAAAAUAGGAAAUAAUAAUGUAUUUGAAUCUAAAUGCUUUGUGGGAAAUAAAGUUACAGUUUCAAAUGGAUGUACAAUUGGUGCGGGGUGUAAAAUAACUGAAGAACAGAUUCUUAAAGAAAAUAUAGUAUUUUAUGGAGCAAAGUGCAUGAUGAGAGAAGGCUUAGAUAGACCUGUAUUGCAGACUUUACAAAUGGAGACACUUACCAAAAUGUUACCAAAUUAUCAUCAUAUUAAGAAACCUAAUAUGAAACUGUAAAUAUUAAAUUAUUUUAAAUUAAUAUUUCUAUGUAUUAAAUAAUUGAAAAUGUUUAUUAAUAAUUUUCAUAUUUAUUAUAAUUAACUCUUUUUUAAUUAAAUUAUUAUUUGGAUGUAAAGUAGAGGUAAUUUAGUAUUAUUCAAAGCAGGGUUCAUAGGAUAUAUAUUGAGUGAUAUAUAUCAUGAUAUUUAUACCUUGAUAUAUAUUCGAUAAUUUUAUUUAUUAAAUUAAAAAUGUUUUCCACCAUUCUGAACAUCCAAAAAUGUCUCAAUACGCCCCUGUAUAACAGUAGAAUAACUAGCAAU